CUUAAUGAUAUGGAAACUCUAUCUCAUCAUCCAUUCUCUUAGGUUGAAAGAAAGCCAAAGAUAGAAAUCGGUGCCAACAUAUGUGCCUUUCUUUCUUUUGACAACUGAGAUGAUAUAAGAAGAAAUGAUGAUGAAAGAGAAGGGAGAGAGUUCAAAGAAGAUGAGAGCAGUUCCUAAUGAUCAUGGCUUCACUGAAAUUGUGCUCUCUUGGUCCCUUGAACAAAUUGAAAAUAAAGACCUUUUCAAGGACCAGGUUGAAAAGAUUCCACAGACCUUUGAAUCAGUUCACCAGUAUUUUCAUUCACAUGUUUACCCUUUAUUGGAAGAAACUCGUGCACAAUUGUAUUCAAGUAUGGACAUUGUAUCAAGAGCACCUUUUGCUGAAGUAAUUGCAUUUGAUGAAUCUAAGCCAUACGGAAAAAAUUUGUAUGACCUUAAGGUUGAUAACUGGAGAAACCGAUUUGGUGAUCGUAGCAAGGAGCCUUACAAAACAUUGCCUGGAGACAUUUUUGUUUUAGCAGAUGCUAAACCUGAGCAUGAUUCUGAUUUACAAAGAAUAGGAAGGUCAUGGACUUUUGCGGCAGUCACUAAAAUUCCAGAGGAUGAUGGUGAUGAUAAUAGUACAUCUACUAGCUUUAAAGUCAAGGUGUUGAAAGACAUUAAUGUUGAUGGUGGGAUCCAGAAAUCAUUGUUUGUUGUUUUCAUGAUAAAUACAAUCACUAACAAGAGAAUAUGGAAUGCUCUGCACAUGUAUGGAAAUCUGAAUAUUAUUAAGAAAGUCUUGUGCACUAGUUCUUUGGUAAGUAAAUUGGAAUUGUUUCCCAUUUCUCAUGUUGCACAACAGAAUGAGGAAGACUGUGAUCUCUGUUCUGUACAGAGUGAUGGCAGCGGGGGUGAGAUAUUUGCAACAAGUAUUACUCCAAAACUGAAUGAAUCCCAAAUUGAUGCUAUCCUGUCUUGUCUUCGUAAGAUGCAUUGCAACCACAAGUUGUCUGUGGAACUUAUAUGGGGUCCACCUGGUACUGGCAAAACAAAAACCACUAGUACCCUACUCUUUACCCUUCUAAGAAUGGGAUAUAGAACUCUUACUUGUGCCCCAACAAAUGUUGCAAUUACAGAAGUGGCUGCGCGCGUCCUAAAGCUGGUGAAAGAAUCUUUUGAAACAAAUAUAAGAACUGAUGCUUUGUUUUGCUCAUUCGGAGACAUACUCUUAUUUGGGAAUAAGGAGCGGCUCAAAGUUGGUUCUGAUAUGAAAAUGAUAUAUUUGGAUUAUCGGGUCCAAAAGCUUACUGAGUGCUUGGGGCCUCUGACUGGUUGGAGGCAUUGUUUUGCUUCAAUGAUUGAUCUUCUUGAAGAUUGUGUUUCUCAAUUUCACAUCUUCUUGGAAAAUGAAUUUAUCAAAGAGAGAGAACAAAACAAUGAAAAAGAAAUUAAAGAGAUAGAAAGUAGGGAUGAAACUGAUGGUGGCGAGGGGAAGUGCAAUUCAUUUCUUGAUUUUCUGAGAAAAAGAUUUGCUGCUACUUCAUCACCACUCAAAAAUUGUCUUCUAGUCUUUUGUACACAUUUACCCAAGAAAUACAUUCUUGAGCAUAAUCUCCAAAACAUUUUUUCUCUUAUUGGCCUACUUGAGUCCUUUGAAACCUUGUUGUUUCAAGACAAUGUGGAAUCUGAAACACUGGUGGAGCUUUUUUCAAAUUCAGAAGUAGGUGAAAAUAUUUCUGAGCCAUUUAUGGAUGUACCAUUCCAGCUGUAUGCAUGGAGAGAAGAAUGUCUUUCGCUUCUAAAAAAACUUCAGUGUUCAUUUAAUGAACUUGGUCUUCCAAGCACUAUGAACAAAUGGUCAAUAAAGGAGUUUUGUUUCAAAGUAGCUUCCUUAAUUUUUUGCACUGCUUCAAGUUCUUAUAAGCUCCAUUCAGUGGCAAUGGACCCACUGAACAUUCUAGUUAUUGAUGAAGCUGCACAAUUAAAGGAGUGUGAGUCAACCAUUCCCCUGCAACUUCCGGGUUUGAGGCAUGCUGUCCUCGUAGGUGAUGAGUGCCAAUUACCAGCAAUGAUUGCAAGCAAUAUUUCUGAGGAAGCUGGUUUUGGGAGAAGUUUGUUUGAGAGGUUGAGCUCAUUGGGUUACACAAAGCAUCUUCUUGAUAUUCAGUACCGAAUGCAUCCAUCUAUAAGUUUUUUCCCAAAUUCACAUUUUUAUGGCAACCAGAUUUUAGAUGCUCCAAAUGUCGAAAGAAAAAGCUAUGAAAAACAAUAUCUUCACGGUCCGAUGUUUGGUCCCUAUUCUUUCAUAAAUCUAAUAGAUGGUAGGGAAGAGAGGGAUGAUUUUGAGCGUAGUUGGAGAAACAUGGUUGAGGUUGCUAUUGUGAAGAAAAUACUGCUGAAUUUAUACAAAGCAUGGGAUGGUACUGACUCAAAACAGAAUCUCAACAUCGGUGUAAUAUCUCCUUAUGCUGCUCAAGUAGUUGCAAUUCAAGAAAGACUUGGACGGAAGUAUGAUGACCUUGAUGGGUUUACAGUGAAGGUCAAGUCAGUAGAUGGGUUCCAGGGUGGGGAGGAGGACCUAAUUAUAAUAUCAACAGUAAGAUCUAAUACUCGUGCAUCAAUUGGGUUCACAUCGAAUCUGCAGCGAACUAAUGUUGCUCUUACAAGGGCUAGGCACUGUCUAUGGAUAUUGGGAAAUGAAAGAACACUAGUGAAUAGUGGAUCUGUUUGGGAAACCUUGGUCCUUGAUGCUAAGAAUCGUCAAUGUUUCUUUUAUGCUGAUGAGGACAAGGAUUUGGCGAAAGCAAUUUUAGAUGUGAAGAAAGAAUUUGAACAGUUUGAUGAUUUGCUUAAUCCUGAUAGCAUACUUUUUAAAAGUGCUAGGUGGAAGGUUCUUUUCAGUGAUAACUUUCUGAAAUCAUUUCAGAAACUGAAGUUUGUCCGGACAAAGAAGUCAGUUAUAAACCUUCUACUUAAAAUUUCUAGUGGCUGGAGACCCAAAAAGUUUAGCGGAAUUUGUGAAAGUUCUUCACAGAUCUUAAAGCAAUUUAAGGUUGAAGGACUUUAUAUUGUUUGUGCAAAUGACAUAGAAAAGGAAUGGAGUGACAUAGCAAAGGAAUUGAGGUACUCUCAAGUUUUGAAGAUAUGGGAUAUAUUACCUACAGAGGAUAUUCCAAAAUUAGUCAAACGUCUUGAUAGCAUGUUUGGAAAAUAUACAGAUCACUUUAUUAAUUGCUGCCAAGAGAAAUGUCGUGAGGGGGAUUUGGAAAUUCCAAAGAGUUGGUCAAUCUCUUCUGAUAUUGUCCGGAUUAGGAAUCUUGAUAACAAUGAAAAUGGGAGUGAUCUAAGUGGUUGUGCUUCUGAUGGGAGAAGUUAUAUUGAGAAUGCUAGGGUGAGUGAGAGUCUGUUGCUGAUGAAAUUCUACUCCUUAUCGUCAGGUGUAGUGAGCCACUUGCUUUCUAACAAUGAUGGUGGUGAAUUGGAUCUACCCUUUGAAGUAACUGAUCAAGAGCUAGAGAUAAUCCUUUUUCCUAGAAGUACAUUUGUACUGGGGCGAUCAGGUACUGGGAAAACUACUGUUUUGACUAUGAAGUUAUUUCAGAAAGAAAAAUUGCACCAUAUGGCAACAAAGUUAUUGGGUGAUGUCAAGAACAAUACACUUGUGCAUAGUGAGGAAAAGGAAGUUGAGGAUACUGCUGCUGACAUAAAGGAAACUAUAUUGCGCCAACUUUUUGUGACAGUGAGUCCUAAACUGUGUUAUGCUAUAAAACAACAUGUUUCUCACUUGAAAAGCUUUGCCUGUGCAGGUAAUUCUUCAAAAGAAAGGUCUUCAAUUGAUAUGGAUGAUUUCGAAGAUGCCUCUCAAUUCAAUGAUAUCCCAGAUUCUUUUGUUGAUGUUCCCCCCAAGUCAUAUCCUCUUGUCAUAACAUUUCACAAAUUUCUGAUAAUGCUUGACGGAACUGUGGGUAAUUCAUACUUUGAAAGAUUCCAUGAGGCAAGGAAACUUUCUAAUGGUCCAAUAAGUGGUAGUUUAGUUGCCUUACAGAGCUUUAUAAGGAUGAAAGAAGUUAAUUAUGAGAGGUUUAGUACAUCAUACUGGCCCCGUUUCAAUACCCAGCUAACUAAGAAGCUUGACUCUUCCAGAGUUUUCACAGAGAUUAUUUCCCAUAUAAAAGGUGGCCCACAAUCUGUGGAGGCAGCUGAUGGUAAACUUAGUCGUGAGGACUAUGUUCUACUAUCAGAUUUCCGGGUUUCCCAUCUAAGUAGAGAAAAGAGAGGAAUGGUAUAUGACAUCUUUCAAAAUUAUGAAAAAAUGAAGAAUGAAAAUGCUGAGUUUGAUUUUUCUGACCUUGUAAUUGAUCUUCAUCGUCGAUUAAGAGCUGAAAGAUACAAGGGUGAUGAAAUGGAUUUUGUAUAUGUUGAUGAGGUGCAGGAUCUUACAUUGAGCCAAAUCGCAUUAUUUAAAUAUAUUUGUAGAAAUGUUGAAGAAGGUUUUGUUUUCUCUGGUGAUACUGCUCAGACAAUUGCGAAAGGAAUUGAUUUUAGAUUCCAAGAUAUAAGGUCUCUGUUCUACAAGAAGUUUGUGCUGGAAUCGAAAUCCAGUGGAAAAGAUGGAAGAAAAGGGAAAGGAUUAAUCUCAGAAAUCCUCCAUUUGAGCCAGAACUUCCGUACUCACGAUGGAAUUCUUAAGCUAUCACAGAGUGUUAUUGAACUUCUUUAUCAUUUCUUUCCUCAAUCUACUGAUCUUUUGCAGCCUGAGACUAGUCGUAUAGAUGGCGAAGCUCCUAUUCUGCUUGAAUCCAAGAACAAUGAAAAUGCUAUCGUCACUAUUUUUGGCAAUAGUGGAAAUGCUGGAGGGAGUAUUGUUGGCUUCGGUGCAGAGCAGGUAAUAUUGGUACGAGAUGAUCGUGUUCGGGAGGGAAUUACCAAUCAUGUUGGAAAGCAAGCUCUUAUUCUAACUAUUGUGGAGUGCAAGGGCCUUGAAUUUCAGGAUGUAUUGUUGUAUAACUUUUUUGGCUCGUCACCUAAGAAAAAUCUAUGGAGAGUGAUAUAUAAAUUUAUGAAAGAGCAAGAUUUGCUUGACCCAACUUUAGCUAGCUCUUUCCCAAGUUUCAAUGAGGCUAAACACAAUGUCUUGUGCUCUGAACUGAAGCAACUUUAUGUGGCUAUCACUCGCACCAGGCAGAGGUUGUGGAUUUGUGAGAAUACAGAGGACGUUUGUAAACCUAUGUUUGACUAUUGGAAGAAAAAGUGUGUUGUCCAAGUCAGACAACUGGAUGAUUCACUUGCUCAGGCAAUGCAAGUUGCUAGCAGUCCAGAGGAGUGGAAGUCCCGGGGCAUUAAGUUGUAUUAUGAGCAUAACUUUCUAUCUGCAACCAUGUGCUUUGAAAGAGCCGGUGAUAUCUAUUGGGAAAAAAGGUCCAAGGCUGCUGGUCUUAGAGCAGAUGCUGACCAUAUGCGCAGUUCAAAUCCUGAAGAGGCAAAUGUUAAACUAAGGCAAGCUGCUGAUAUAUUUGAAGAUAUAGGCAAAGCUGACUCUGCUGCCCAAUGUUUUUCUGAUUUGGGGGAGUUUGAAAGAGCAGGGAGGCUUUAUUUAGAAAAAUGUGGGGAGCCUGGACUACAAAGGGCUGGGGAAUGCUUUUCUCUAGGAGGAUGCUAUGAACUGGCAGCUAAUGUGUAUGCUAGAGGCAACUUUUUCUCAGAAUGUUUGAAAGUUUGCACCGAAGGUAAAUUAUUUGACAAUGGUUUCGAGUACAUUAAGUAUUGGAAAAAUCAUGCAAAGAUGGAUUUUGGUGUGGCUACAAGAGGAAGGGAAAUAGACAAGAUUGAACAGGAGUUUCUAGAGGGUUGUGCUCUUCAUCACCAUGAGCUUAAAGAUAACAGAGCCAUGAUGAAAUUUGUUAAAGCUUUUCAAUCCAUCGAUUUGAUGCGCAAGUUUUUGAAGUCUUUGAAUUGCCUUGAUGAGCUUCUUUUGUUGGAAGAAGAAUCAGGAAACUUCUUGGAGGCUGCAAACAUUGCGGAGCUGAGAGGGGAGAUUCUACUUGAAGCUGAUCUCCUAGGGAAGGCAGGGAAUUUCAAAAAAGCAUCCAUGCUAUGUCUCUUCUAUGUGCUUUACAACUCACUUUGGUCACCUAGAAGCAAAGGCUGGCCAUUAAAGCAGUUUGCAAAGAAGCAGGAGAUUUUGGCAAAAGCCAAGUCAUUUGCUAAGAAUGAGUCAAAUGACUACUAUUUGGUUGUUUGUAGAGAGGCAGACAUUUUAUCAAGUGAACUGAAUAACUUGUCCAUAACAAAAAAGUAUUUGAAUGCUUCUCAGAGACAUAAUAGUGUUGGAGGUGAAACAAUUGCUGCUCGAAAAAUUCUAGAUGCUCAUCUUCAGUCAAACUCUUCAAAGUAUGUGUGGCAGGAUUAUGUUGUUUUUGAUCUGACAAAGCAUUCGGAACAGAUGAUCUCCAGAGAUCAGAUUUCAGUAGAAACACUAGUUUACUUUUGGAAUUUUUGGAAAGAUAAGAUUGUGAACAUUCUCAAAUAUCUCAAAUGUCUUGACAUCCAAGAUGAUAAUGAAUAUAGAAGUUAUGGUGAUUUCUGUUUGAAUUACUUGGGCGUGCGGAAGCAGUUUUAUGAUCUUAAUGCAAUCUAUCUAUUGCUCAACCCUGAUGCAGAUUGGGUAAGAGAAUUGGACAGUAGACUCCUUCAGCGGAAUGGAAAUGGGAUUUAUAUUAAUGUUCACCAUUUUGUUUCAGCUGCUCGUAGUUACUGGUGUUCAGAAUUACUUCGUGCUGGUAUGAAAGUCUUGGACAAUCUUCAAGCUCUUUACAAUUUCUCAUUGAAGAAUUCCCUCUCUAUGUUCUGCCAAAGCAGAUCUCUUACUUAUAUCUAUGAGGUUGCAAAGUUUCUUUCAGAAUCUGAAUAUCGGAACCAUAGUUACUACAACAAUAAGACAUUGCAGAGAUUUGUUGAACUUUCUACCAAGUCUUUUUUUGGCUAUAUAUUUCCCCUAGAUUGGCGGAAAUCAUUGGCAGAGAACAUGUUUUCUCUGAGAGAAUCGGAGGUUUCAAGGAAUUUACUAGAACAGAUCAUAAUUGAAAACAUCAGCUUGAAGGGUAAGUUGACAUACGGGCAAAUUGGAAGAGUUGUAGUGAUAACUCUUGGAUUGGGUAAGAUAAACAAUGAUUUAUAUAAGGAGAUUUUGAAAAGGUUUGAUGGGACUUAUGGAAAUCCACCAUGGAAGACAUUCAUUCAGGUUCUCCGUGGGAAUAUGGGACCAGAAUUUCCUCAAGGUACUAUAACUGACAAUAACUCUGAAUCUCCAAGAGAAUUGUGCGUUCUGCUGAAGCUACAAGAAGCUUUGAUGGAUACUUACAAUGCAAAUUGGAGAGAAGUCGACUAUAUUUCACCUGGUUGUUUCUUGUAUCUAAUUGAGCGCCUCCUAAUCUUGGCAUCUUACUUCAAGGGAUACUUUAUCACUUCGAAGUCUUCUUUUGCUGAAUGGUUUAUCUAUCAAGAUGCAGAUACCAACCCAAAUUCCACUGCUGGUAUUGGAUCAUGCCAUGUUAUCUUUAAGUUUAUUGUCAAUGUUGCUCAGCAGCUUCUUUUUAAUAAGAAAGAUACAAUGGAUUGGAUCAGAAAGUCUAAUGUAAAUGUGAAGGACUACUAUCCACUGCUGGUAUUGAGAUUGGUUUCUAUAAUAUGUUUAGUUCAUCUGAAUUCGGGGGAAUUUUUGGAAAUUGUAUUUUCUCUUCUCUGUAGGAGCUAUAUUACUGAGCAACUUCCGUGGGAAUUUUAUGAUGUCAUUCGGAGAAAACGGAAACAUAUAAAUGUGAAUGUGCUAGCUGAAGCAUUUAAAAAGAUUCACAAUCCUCUUGUAAUUGUGAGUUUGGGAGGAAAUUGUUCAAGGUUUCUAUGUCCAGAUGCCAUUUUUGUGGACAUGAGGGUAAAACAGUGCAGGGAGGACAUGUUAAAAGUCUUGUUUCCAGAGACAGUGAAAGCAUCACAAGGUCAAACUGAGACAGUUGAAGUGGAAGCAACUAACUCUGGCAAUGAAGUGCUUUCUUCAGGCACUUAUGAUCAAGACAGUUGUAAGACUGCACCUUCAAACUUGGCUGUGGUGGCAGAUCAGGGCGACUUGAACAACAUAAAUGGAAGCAAGCUGCGAGUGAAUUACUUUCAGGAAAUAUUUGAAGAUUUGAAGUCGUUGGAGUGUGUUAAAGAUCUAAGGAGCUUUUUGUCAAAUGUCCAAACAAUGAAGGUGAAUGUGAAGAAAAGUAUUCACCUUGUAAGUACUGUUAAGAAUGAACGCCUUCAGAAUACUAUCGACAAUGUUGAUGAAAACCUAUUGGAGGAAGUAGACAGCAUGGUUGAUGAAAUGACGCAACUUUCUGCUGCACUGGAUGUGAGUGAACCGGAACUUGGAAACAAUAUGUCAACAAUUCGAGAACUUUGCAAGAAAUUGCUGUCAAGAAGGCCAAAUCUGGAACCUAUCUUAAGUAAGCUAUUCUUCCAACAGGGCACAAACCUUGUGGUUGAGACUUCUGGCAAUAUAUCAAAUGAGCAGCAGUGUGAUGUAAAGGACAGUGAUAGCAAAGCUAAGGAAAAUAGCAGUGCUGAUGUUGCGUCAGUCUCCAACAGCAAAAACAGCCGGGAAACAGAAAAUAAGGGGAAAGGUAAUAAGUCCAAGAAAAACAAGAGGGGUAAAAAAAGUGGCAGUAAGAGAUAAAUAGAUGUACAUGAGUUGAAAGUUGUUAUGUAUCACACCUUUCAGAAAUUGUCUUCUAUGUGCACUUGAAACUAGCAUUUCAGAAAAGUUCUUUCAAUUUCAAUAGUUAGCACUUAGUGUUGUA